AUGGCUGAUAAUUCAGAAGUUGCUGCUAUAAUUGGUGGUUCUAUCGGUGGACUGAUAGUAUUUGUUAUUAUUGUCAGUAUUAUAAUCUAUAUGUUAUGUGGAUCCAGAAAUCGUCGAAAACGUCAAGAAAAGAAAUUUCACCAAGUUUCUCGUCAUCAUGACAAAGUUCCUCACAGUCAGAACUCGACUAUGAGUCAUCUGAGUGCAGAACGUCUACCAAAGGUAGGGAGUAAUGGAUUAUGGAUGGGUACCCCCGGAGUGUACGCAGCUAGUCCCUCACCAGCUUAUUUUUACGGUAGACCCUACCCACCUGGUGUUCGAACCCCCAUGGAAAACAGAAUGCAAGCUUUUCCAGGUCAUGCUGUUUACCAGAGUAACAACAGUAUGAGUAACCUUCGUAUUUACCAUAGUCAGCAAUUAUCCCCAGUGUAUGAAUACAUCGACCCUACACACGGUCCGAAUGUCGUUGAUAUAUACCAAUAUGGUGAUUUGCAUCAUUCGCGAUCGAGAUUGAUCGACCAACAAUCUUCUAGCUGGAAGAAACAGAAAGAUAAAAACGACAAGAAAAUUUUACGGAGUAAAAGUGACGCUACACAAGAUGUCCGUCGUCACGAAAAACGGGGAAGAUCAGACACUAACAGAUCGUCUGAAACACGAUCCAGUUCAAAUUCAAAAUCAGGGAAAUCGCAAGAAGCGCGGGCAGACAUUCAUAUUUCCAAUAAAGGUCAAAAGUCAAAAUCUACAGAUGCGAUACAUAUGGGAUACGAUAACAAGGCGUUCCAACGUGAUUCAGGGCUAGCAACAGAUAGUAUGAAACUUCAAGCAACGAAGGUGAACCCCAUCAAUAAUAUCACAGAUGACGAAAAGAAACAUGUGAACACUCCGCAAGACAAGGACGCGAAAAUCGAAGAACCAGUUGUGUCCCAUUACACAUACCAAGGAGAUAUUUAUGCUGUUUCGGAUAAAAACCCUGAAGCAAGCAACAAUCCGAUUUUGGAUAAAAUGAAUUCAAUGAAGUUAGAGACACCGAACGUGAGAGCUCCGCGAUAUCUUGUCGAGGAUACGGUAGACGGACUUGACGUUCAAGUCUCACGGGUGAAUAAUAGUGCUAGACAGGAAGUAGACAAUUCAGAUACAAUUUAUACGGAGGUUCGUUCGAACGUUGGUGAAAAUAUAAUAGUGACGGAAAUACUAGACAAUAACGAACCUGAUACCAUGUCACAUGACAAUAAUUCAAAUAAUAACGCCCUUUUACAACCUCAACCUUCGACCUCGCAUAAUUUAUUAGCUACAUCUCCUAGUCUAAUGUCAGAGAAAUCUGAAUUAUCGGAAGAUUUAGAUGUGAAAGGUAAAAACGUAACGACAGCAGCGUUUGAAUUUUUAGAAAGUUAUUUAUCUGAUGAUGAUGAAACUACAGGAGAAAGUAGACCAACAUCACCUGCUACUUAACAUAACUAUAUUUAAAGAAGAAAGUUUUCCAUGACUGAGAUCUUCCACCAGUAAAAUAAAAAUCUUCCCCAGGUUGUUAGGGAUAUCAUUUUAUACAUUCCUUGACAAAUGGAUUCUAGUGCAUGACAGUGCAGACAAAAGAGAAAGAAAGAACAAACCCUAUUUUACAAGGAUAAUAUUUUAGGUAAACAGAUAUCCUGUCUACCAGCUGGUCAUUGGCCAAACCUCUUGGUAUUGAUCUUUCCUAGAUUAUCAGUACCUAUUUACAGCUGAGUUGACUGGAAUUAUGAGUUAAGAUGACUUAAUUAAGAUUAAAUAAGAUAUGAACUUUAUAGACUAAUAACAUUCCUUUGCUUGUUUGCUGAUUGCUGAUUGCUGAUUGCUGAUGUUGACUCUGAAAGGAGAUCAAAUGUUGGUUUAUUUAUUAAUCUGUCCAAAAAGUGAUUUGACUGCUGCCUAUUCAGUCUUCCAUUCUGUGAAAAUAUCCAAAUACAUACGAGUUUGUGGAAUUCGUCAAGGGCAAGAACUCAGUUUAACUAUGGAAUUCCCUAAUUUAAUGGCAAAUAUGUAGGUCUAUGUUCAUCAAACCUAUAUUAGUUAUAUUAGUUAUAUUAGUUAAAUCAAAGUAUGUAUUGAUUCAGAACUUGUCAAGGGCAAUAACUCUAAAUAGAACCUUAAUUAAUUAACUAAUAUUUGAAUUUGACAUUCAUAUAUCAAGAGCAAUAACUCUCUGGAAACUAAAGAAUAGUUACAUUUAUCUGCCAGUUUGUUAAAAAUUGAUAUUAAAAUAUGUAAUGAUUCAAAACUUGUCAAGAGCAAUAACUCUGUUUAAACUAGAGAUCAAUUUAAUUCAAAUUUAGCAUUUAAGUUAAGCAAAUACCUACAUUUGAUGAUAUUUGUACAAUUUCUAGGGCAAUAAUUACAAAAUUUUUUCAUUACAUUGACAAUAACUCUUUCCUUGGGCAAGUCUCUCUCAUUGUGACAAGAACGACAUCAGUCUGACCAUACACACCAGAUCAAGGGUGUCCUGAUUGAAAGUUCUUCUUACUUUGUUCUUGUUUUUAUGAAAUAGGGCCCAAUGAAUAUUUAUAUCUGUACAAGGAGUUAUAUGAAUAUCCAAUUAAUGCCAAAUUUGUCAUAUAUUUUGGUAUAGUCAAGGGCAAUAACUGUGCUGUGUUGUAAUAUUUAUUUUUUUUAAGAAGUAAGUGAAGCAGUAUAUGUUUGUUUAAAGAUUAUUUUAAUGUAUUGUAAUAUAUUAGAGAGAGCAAUAAUAAUCAAAUAUACUUUUACUAAAUCUCUCACCACUCAACUCAACCUCUACGGGAAAUUUUGGGUCAUAUGCAGACAUUGUCCCUUCCAUGAGAUUUUCUGGGUGUACCAGGGACACUGAUAGCACCAAUUUGAACCAUUCCAAUUUUCAAUUAGACGUCUGUGACAGUGAGUCUUGCAAUUCUUCUAAAACUAAGUAUUUUAUGACGUUACUAUUUUCCUUUGAAAUAAAUAAGUUUUUUCUUCAAUGUCUUCAUAUUUUCUUAAAUAAUAUUUGGAAAAAUGUGAAAAUGGUAGAAAAAUGUUCAAUAAAAUGGUAAUUUCCAAUAAGUUUGAAAAUAGACUGUAGUAGCUAUUUAAAUUACUGUAAUACUGCUGACUAUUGUGUAAGAUUUAAUUAACAACUAUUUUUGUAUCUAAAAACUAAACGUUGAUAUAAUUAAUUAUUUAUGUUUGUAAAAUAUAAGUUUUGUAUAUUCCUACAUUAUAACAUGGUCAAUAAACUAUUCUAUACUG